AUGGAUGCGACUCUGUCAUCAGUACUUCAGAGACAACAGCAGGAAGAGCAGCAGCUCCUGAGAACUUUGACCAUCAACACUGGGCAAGCUGGGAAGCUAUUCCACCCAAGCAUACAUGCUGGCCCUUCAGCAUGUAUUCAUGGUGAACGUGAUCUGAUGAAGACUUCCUUUCAGGUGUCAGCCAUCACCAUGUGGACAUUCUGGGCCCUGGCCACCAUGCUGGUCACACAAGCUGGAGCACUUGAACAGUUACCUUUGUCCCUAGUAAAGAGUCUUCCUGCACCGCUCUCUGUAGAACCUCCUCCUUUACCCGUGCAACUCAAACGGUUUUUCAGAAGUUCCCCAACCCAGAACAGCUCUCCACCCAGCAAACAGCCACCUGAGGCCCCAGGAGGCCAGUGUGCACCUGCCUCCCAGUACUUCCUGUCUGCUGAGAAACUCAACAAAUAUCUGAAUGUCACCAUACCCCAGGAGAUUGAGAAGCUGGUGAAGUGUGAGGAGGUUAACAUAAUCGGAGUGCUUGGGGCAAUGUUAGACAUGGUGGAAAACGCUGGCCUGAUGGACCUGAUAGACAUCCCUUCACUUCUAGACAUGGGAAAAGGCGGCAUUGGUGGUAUCCUAGGUUCAGACAGCAAGGAUGCUGAAUCUCCAAAGCUCCCAUCCCUCCCCAGUGUUGGUAAAGCUGCUGAUAAGUUGGGUCUGGGUGGCCUACUGUCCUCUGAUACAAAAGAGCUCCUUGAUAGCACUAAUCCCCUUGAUGGCUCAUCCUUGAAUGAUGUGGCUGAAGGCGUUAAGAGCUUUAAAGAUUCUACUGUGGACAAAAUGAAGGAUCUCCUGCCAGCAGAAGCCACUGACACACUCAAAAGUGUACUUGGAAACCUUGAUCUAAAAGAAUUAUUGUUGGGAUUAAUUGUUGAAACUGUGGAAACAAAGGAUAUGACUUCAAAUGUGACAGAUGAUGGGAUUGAUAUCAAAGCCACAUCUAUUGCCACCAUAGGUGGAGAAGGUGUGGCUGGACCCAUCAUCACCCUAGUGGGAUUUCAAGUACACUUGACGGUAUCUCUAAAAAUUGUUAUUUCUACAAACAACAGCCAAUGCAUCAGCCUUGUUACUGAGGAAACAAAGACUGAUGUCAACAAAGUGAGCCUUCGGAUGUUAGAGACAAUCACAAACACUGUGCCUCUUCCUAUGGAUCUGCCUUUGAAGGACAUCGUCCCUAAAGUGUUGUCAGUAGAGCUACAGAAGAAGGUCAACGACUCAAAGUCCUGUGAGAUUGUUCUCAGUGAUUUCAAUGAGUGCAAAAACUCCACUGGCUUAUUCCAGUUCCAAAUAAGUUCUUCAAGGACCUCCCCAGAAGGCCUUUCAAUCCUCUACUGCGUUGAGGCCCUCCUUGACAAAGGACCAGUCCCUGUGCCUGGAGGUCAUCUCCCUCCACAUCCUAAAAGUGCCAAUGUUUCCAUAAUUAUGUCCAGCACGAUGGUUAAGACAGUUGUCAAGCACAGUGCCAAGCUGAGCUCUGUCAAAUCAAAUAACAUGGAAGCAAUCAUCACCAUGGCAGUCUUCAACUUCCAGCAAGACAGUAGUAGCAUUCAGAUUGUUUACUGGACUACCAUAAAAAGGAAUGGUGAGAACAUUGCUAAUGGAGAAUCGGUCUUAGUCAUCAAACUCAGUGGCAAGAUUUCAAGUGGCAAAAUGACAGUGAACGUUGAAGCUUCAAGAUCUGAGCACCGUGUGACGCCUCCUGAGUUAAAUGACUUAGUGAAAGAAGUGCUGCUUGAAGUUCAGAAGAAGUUCUCAUCUCACUUAAAUGAAUUGGCUAAAAACUGGAAUAUACCAUCAGGAGUGUCCAUAUUUCCUGUAAAUAACAACGUCACAGUAACGUCAUCGAAUGAUCUUCUUGUAACAAACUGAACCCAGUAAAACUGAAGCCAGGCAAUAUUCCGAAUGAAAGCAAAAAUAUUCUGUUAAACUUUCCUGUGAAAUAUUGAGCCAAGGACAUUCUUAUGAUUAAGGAACCAAGUAGAAUUAGUCUUCUUAAAAUGUCAAGCAUCCCUUUGAAAUUUUCACCAACCACCUUGAACUAACAAGUGCCAGAAAGGCAAAAAUUCGGGGAUUUUUGGCAUUGUUCUAAUCAACUCCUUAAUAAACCUGUUGCAUGCAAAAAA